AUGGGGGAAGGGGGAGAGAGCGGCGGCAGCAGCGGCAGGGCGACCACGGCGGCCCCGCUGAGGGAUAUAAGGCGCCACAAGUGCGGGUUCUGCGACGUGGUCCGGUCCAAGAAGUGCUUGCUCCGCGCCCACGUGCUCGAGCACCACAAGGAUGAGGUGGAUGCUUUGGGGGGUUACUGGGAAGGUGGAGAUGGUGGUCCGCGCAAAGAGCUUAGCCGUCAGUGCCAACAGUGUGGGAUGAGCUUCAAGAAGCCGGCACAUCUGAAGCAACAUAUGCAGAGCCAUUCGCUCGAGAGGCCCUUUUCCUGCACCGUUGAUGGUUGCCCCUUGAGCUAUAGCAGGAAGGAUCAUUUGAACAGACAUUUACUUACUCAUGAAGGAAAACUAUUUGUGUGCCCUAUUGAAGGAUGUGGCCGAAAGUUCAAUAUCAAGGGUAAUAUGCAGAGACAUGUUCAGGAAAUCCACAAAGAUGGCUCUCCUUGUGAAAGUAAGAAAGAAUUCAUCUGUCCAGAGGUUAACUGUGGGAAGACUUUCAAAUAUGCUUCCAAGUUCAAGAAGCACGAAGAAUCACAUGUCAAGCUGGAAUACACAGAAGUUAUCUGCUGUGAACCAGGCUGCAUGAAAUUCUUUUCAAACGUGGAAUGCCUCAAAGCGCAUAACCAAUCCUGCCAUCAACAUGUUCAGUGUGAUAUCUGUGGCACUAAACAGCUAAAGAAGAAUUUCCAGCGCCAUCACCGGAUGCAUGAAGGUUCAUGUGUCACUGAGAGGGUUAAAUGCCACUUCGAGGACUGCAAAUGUUCAUUUUCAAAGAAAUCCAAUUUGGACAAGCAUGUUAAGGCGGUCCAUGAGCAGCGUCGACCUUUUGUGUGCCAAUUCUCUGGGUGUGGCAAGAGGUUUUCUUACAAGCAUGUAAGGGACAAUCAUGAGAAGUCAAGCGCUCACGUGCACACUGAGGGUGAUUUUGUCGAGGCUGAUGAGCAGCGACCACGUUCAUUAGGUGGGCGCAAGAGGAAACCUGUAUCCGUUGAGAGUUUGAUGCGGAAGAGGGUAGCCGCUCCUGAUGAAGGGCCUGCUCAUGCUGAUGGAACUGAGUAUUUGAGGUGGCUUCUAUCGGGUUGA